AUGAUGCGCUCGAUACUAGCGCUGGCAUGGCUCCUCGGCUGCGCCGCGGCUGCCGUGCUGGACCGGGCAGUCGCGGUCGUGUGUCCGCAGCUUCACAUCAUGGCAGCCCGGGAGACGACCGCGCCGCCGGGCUUCGGCUCGGCCAAGACGCUGGUGGACCUCGUGCUCGACAACUUCCCCGGCGCCACGUCCGAAGAGAUCCAGUACCCGGCCAUCGGCGGCGACGACUACGCCAAGAGCGUCAGGAUGGGGAUCGUGGGCGUCAUCAGCCAGCUGGCCAUGUUUACGCUCUUGUGCCCCGAUACAGUGCUCAUCAUGCACGGCUACUCACAGGGAGGCCAGAUCAUCGAUGAUUCCUUCUGUGGCGGGCCCGACGGCAGGAGCCUGCGGACGACAGGCUCCCUCGUGCCAGUCGAAACAGGAUCCAAGGUCGCUGCUAUCAUCAUGAUGGGCAACCCACGGCACCGGUCCGGGCAGCCUUUCAACGUGGGAAACGCGACCGGUCCAGGGUUUGCGGCACGCCCGGCCAACUUUUCUUGUCCCGUAUAUCAAGACAGGAUGCAAUCGUACUGCGAUUCGCCGGAUCCCUUUUGCUCGAAUGGCACCGACGCCGCGUUUCAUCAGGGCUACGGCGAGAGAAACGGCCAGCAGGCCCUGCAGUUCAUCUUGAACAAGCUCCCUGACAAGGCGCGUGUCAUACAGAUCCCCAGGCCAGCGAACAACACCCUGGUAGACCAAAAAUAG